AUGGCCAAGCUCUCAGCCGUCGCAGCUCUCCUUGCAGCCCUUUUGCUCAUUGCCCACGCCACAGCCUACCGCCGCGAGUCUGGCGAGAGCUGCAGCGAGCAGCUUCAGCAACAGCAGUUCCUCAACCAUUGCCAGAUGCACCUGAGGCAGCAAUGUCAGUCAGGGCGUUUUGACAGCAAUACUUCUGACGAAAGCCAGCAUUUUCAGCUGUGUUGCCGUCAGCUGAAGCAGAUGGACAGAGGGUGCCGAUGUGAUGGGUUGAACAUGAUGAUGAGGGAGCUGAUGAGAGAAGAACGAGGUUAG